AUGGGGCAAAACGGAGGGAUUUGGUUGUUGUGGAGGUCAACAGUGGGUGUUGUCUCAGUGGUUGUUUCGACAGACCAGUUUAUUCAUGUGACUAUCGAGAUGAAUAUGAAAAAAGUUAACUUGAUUGUGAUAUAUGCGGCUCCCUCUGUCACUCAAAGAAGUGGACUGUGGGGAAGUCUCAAGUCAGUGAUUGAAGGAGUGGAUGGACCAUUAAUGGUUGGUGGGGAUUUUAACACAAUCUUGAGGUUGGAUGAGAGGACAGGUGGUAAUGGCCGCUUGUCUCCGGAUUCAUUGGCGUUUGGCGAGUGGAUGAAUGAUCUUACAUUGAUCGAUACGGGAUUUAGAGGUAGUCGUUUUACCUGGCAUAGGGGAAGGUCUGAGCAAACUUAUAUUUCCAAGAGGUUAGAUCAGAUCUUGUGCUGUCCCCAUGCUCGGUUAAAAUGGCAGGAAUCUGUGGUCACUCAUCUGCCAGUGUUUGCAUCGGAUCAUGCACCCCUGUACAUGCAAUUGUGUCCGGUAAGUAGAGGAGAUCCAAAGCGAAGACCGUUUCAUUUUGAGGCGGCUUGGUUAAAGCAUGAGGGGUUUCAGGAGUUUUUUUCUAACUCCUGGAAUAAUCAGCUAACUACUCAUGCGGCUUUGAGUGGUUUACGGGAUAGAUUGAAGCGCUGGAACCGUGAAAUUUUUGGGGAUGUUAACAAACGGAAGGCAGAGUUAAGAUCAAAGAUUGGUUCGGUUCAAGAUUUGUUGAAAGUGGCCCCAACUGAUGAAUUGUUAGCUAAGGAGGAGGACUUGAUUUGUGAAUUGGAUAAAGUUCUCGAGCAGGAAGAACUAAUUUGGUUUUUAGAAGUCUCGUGA